GUGUCAAAUUAAAAGUCCUGUCAAAAGAUUAUAUUUUCGCUGUGGGGAUAUUGUGCGGUUCGUUACUGACAGCACAACUCGUUACUUUUAACCCGACACGAUAUGAUUUUGACAGAGAAUGAUAGGAGAUGAACUUUGUAAACCAAAUGUUGUUUAGAAUUUCAGACUGUCCUUUGUAUUUUUAAUUUGUUUACGUCGAGGCACCAGAGCUGCUGUCGACAGGAGAAGGCUUGAGAACAUCUUUCCUUCCGAUGUCAACGCCUGCACUGACUCGACUGGACGGGGAUCUCCGCUGGUGAAUUUCCUACCAUUUCCUCACAUCUCUAGAUCAGCUGAUGCAGCCAGCCUGUGAGCGGAUGAAUGCCAAAACCUGUGAUUUUACCGUCGCCAAAAGGACUCCAUGUCUUUCUUGGACUGUUCCUGCAUCUCCCACGCUCAGGUCCAGCCCAUGGACAUAGAAGAGCGCUAUGAGGACACCAGCCACCAGUUCCUGAGCUGUGACGGUUCUGAAUACACUCUGCAAGGGCCAGCAGGUGGCGAUGACAUCACGGGGCUGUCAGCCGAGCCAGCCCACUACCAGCUACUGUCUGAGCUGGGGAGGGGCUUCAACAACCUGAGCCAGGUGAGCAUGGCACGCCACAUCCCCACUGGCCAGCUGGUGGCCGUCAAACAAACCAAUCUGGAUGAGUGCACGGAGGAGGAGCUGCUGCAGCUCAUGAACGAGGUUCUGCUGUCCAGGCUUUUCCGUCACCCCAACCUGUUGACCUCACGCCUGGUUUUCAGCUCCUGCUGCCAGCUGUGGGUCCUCACACCACUUAUGGCCUAUGGCUCUGCAGACACCUUACUGAGGACAUAUUUCCCAGAUGGAAUGAGUGAAUCCUUGAUAGCAUACUUGCUGUACGGCGUGCUGAAAGCGUUGGAAUACCUGCACCGGAUGGGCUAUGUUCACCGGGGGGUGAAGGCCAGUCAUAUCCUGCUGUCAGGGGAGGGGCGUGUUUACCUCUCAGGGCUCCACAGUGUUUACAGUAUGAUGCGUGAGGGGAAGAGGAUGAGGGCGGUGUUCGAUAUGCCCCACCACAGCCCCGCCCUGCUGCCCUGGCUCAGCCCAGAACUACUGCGACAGGACCUGCAUGGUUACGGAGUAAAGUCAGAUAUCUACAGUUUGGGUAUUGUGGCCUGUGAGCUGGUCAGCGGCAGAGUGCCCUUCCAGGACAUGCCACCCACUCAGAUGCUGCUUCAGAAGUUGCGCGGCUCCCACUGCUGUCUGCUCGAUGUGGCCCCCUUCCCCCUAGGCGAGCUGGGUGGGCUGAAGGUGUCACGGUCAGGGGUGGACUCCGGCAUCGGGGAGAGCGUUGCUACCGGAAGCCUGACGCACAGUGCCACUGCUCCUCCCACCGACAGACCUCAGAGCCCCGGGCCUAAAAACCACUCAGCCACCCUGCACAACCUGGUCCAGCUGUGUCUGCAGCAGCAGCCUGAGCGCAGGCCAUCAGCCUCUGCACUGCUGACCCACGCCUUCUUCAAGCAGGUGAAGAGGCACACCAGAGACUCCUUCCUCAGCCUCAUGUACCCAGCAGUGCCCCUCACCAGCCCCGAGGACCCUCCAGUAUCCUGCCCCCCUGGUCCGUCCUGCCAUGCUCCGACAUCACCCUCUGCCGACACUCCUGACGCCGUGUGGGACUUCUCCUAACCCCCCCCCUCCCAGUCUCUCCUCCUAAACCUCCACACCCUGACUAGCAAGCCAAACACAAGACAAUCAAAACAAAGCAAUGAGGCCAAAUCCUACUGUGCUUUUAUUUUUUAUUAUUAUUAACCCAACUCUCUGAGCCUUUUUAAAGUAGUUUUGUAGAUGUUUUUUUUAAUGUGUUUGUCUGAUGCAUAUGUGGACUUUGGUUGUGGGGUUGUGAGGCGACUGUGAAAGCGCUGGAUCGAAGAGCCUGCUCUGAUCAUGUGCUAAGAACCCAUAAUAAUAACAAUGGACUAUCAACAAAGUCACAUGACAACAGACUUACCAGUUGACUAUAAUCACGCACUUCCUCUUAAGGCAACUACAAGUUAAAGGAAAAGUCCACCCAAAAAUACUUUGUUAAAAACAGUUAUUCGAGCUUAACAGUGUAUGUCUGGUAAUAUUUUGUUGUUUUUAUUGUGGUUUUUUAUUCAUAUUUUCAUGGAUAAUAGUCAUUUUUUUGGGUGAUUGUUUUACUCAAAAAACACUCUGAGAAAUGGAGGACCUCACUAACUGUAUCUGAGCUAUAGAAGUGAAUACACUAAGAAAGUAUGGACAAAAUAACCCCAGAGUGUCAGACACUAUGGUGGAUUUUUCCUUUAAAAUGUUAUGUAUUCUGACUGUGAAUAGUGAAUAAUGCGGUACAUAAAAAGAGAUUUACAACACGUA